AUUUUUGUUUUUCUCCGUUUGUUUAUUUUAGCCCACAAGUUCCCCCAUAUAAAAGCUGCCACAUUGUCAUGCCAGAGUCAUUAUUACCCAGCAGACCAGCAGUGAGACAACUUAACAUCAUAUACAUGUAGUCAUGUAUUUCCUCCUACCUGGAGAGUGUCUUCCUAGCUGUUUCUUUUGUCUGCUAGUCCAGUCAUUGUUUAAAAAGCUAAAUCGCGACAUAAUCAUUGGAACCAGGUUGUUUUCUCUAGUGAUCCAUUUUUCUACGUUACAUUUUUGGUGCCGGAACCCGGGAUGAUUAAUUUUCUUUAGGAAUUUAGCCAUUGAUGUUUUUUUAGCUGGGACAUUUUUUUUCUUCUUUGAAAGUUUUUUUUUUAAAUCGAAACCCACACAGUGCUUUUUGGUUAAUGAACUUGAGAAGUGCAGGAUGACUAAAACACCAUGACGGAGGUCCUGACUAUCCUUCAGUUGUGUGGGUUUGACCCACUGCCCACCAGCUCUAACCACGUCGACCAAGUGCCGUUAGCUGAACCGCAGUUGAGCAUCCUACAGCUGCUGCAACAUCAAACACACAUGCAACAAGUGAUCGUACAGCAGUUUCAACAAAUAAACACAUUGAAAUCGGUCCUCAGCCAAGUUAUCUGUGAGCAGCAACAACAGAGGCACUACAUUCAAAGUCUGCAGUGUGCCCUGCACCAGUCCUGGCCAGUUCCAGAAGUCCCCAUCCCUCAGCCCGUUCCAGAUGUACCCGUGUUCCCAGUCUCCAUCAACGAACCAGAGCCCAAGAUUCCAAAAGAAGCCCCUCGUGUCCCCCAUCGAAGACAACCAGUAGUCCCUACCGUUGCCCCUACCAGUGGUCAGUCAAGCCAGGGUAUUGGAGGCAUCCGAUGUAGCCACAGUCACCGUCUGCGCCAAGGACAGCAACAAGAUCCUGCCAUCAGGAAAGUGGUGGAACUUAAACUGUCAAAUCCUAUGAGGAUCAGCCAGAGUACAAAGGCACGUCAACCUAAAUCGGUACAACGACUACUGAAUGUCUGGGAUCGCCUGGAUGUGGGAGGUGGCUUACUUUUGUACAGAAGAGGAGAAGGCAAGGGAAAUUCUGUACUGGUACCAGUACUACCCCGCAGUUUAAGGGACAGAGUACUGUGCAGUUUGCAUAAUAGCAUGGAGACAGGAGGAUACGGCCAUGUCCUGAAACAAGUGAGGGGGCGAUACUUUUGGCCCAGCCAGCACAACGACACCAUGCAAUACAUGAGGCAGCACCUGAAGAAAGUGAAGCAGCAUGAGAUGACAACCAAAGCUCCCCCUUCACAUGAGUCCCAAGAUGUACCUUCUCCAGCCGCUUUUAGAGUCAUUUCCUUUAGUGCUGUGUGGGUUUCUCCUUUUUUUUCUUCUUUGGGUUUUAUUAUUUUAACUUAGUUUUUUUUAUCAAAUUGUUAAUUUUUUUAUCCCUGGCAAAUUCUUUUGAGUGUUUUAUACGUUGUUGAUCCUGAUUGAGAUUUUUUGCCUUGAAGUAUUUCUGGAAACUAGUUUUUGCGCUUAAGGAUAGAAAUUGUUUUUUUUGUUUGUUGGAAGUAUUUUUUUGAGACUAAAUUAAAUUUUGUGAGAAGUCUA